UAGGCCAUAGUUAACUCCCCUGCAAGUCAACGAAACUCUCUCUCACACACACAGAGGGAUUUUAAUGGCGGCAGAGAAGGGAAGAGUUGUGUGUGUAACAGGUGCAGGAGGGUUUAUAGGAUCCUGGUUAGUGAAGUUUCUGCUCUCUAAGAACUACACCGUUCAUGGCACCGUCAGAAACCCUCUGGAUGAGAAAAACGCUCAUUUGAAGAGCCUAGAGAAAGCAUCCGAGAACCUGAAGCUCUUCAAGGCAGACCUUCUCGACUACGAGUCUAUUAGGGCAGCCAUUGCAGGAUGCGAUGGUGUGUUCCAUACUGCAAGUCCAGUUCCACCAAGUUCUGUACCAAACCCCGAGGUAGAACUGAUUGAGCCUGCUGUUAAAGGUACUCUCAACGUACUUAAGGCAUGUUGUGAAGUAAAUGUCAAGAAAGUCUUGUAUGUGUCUUCUGUAGCUGCUAUUGCGGUCAUACCUAAUAGACCCAAGGAUCGACCGUUGGAUGAGACUUUUUGGUCUGACAAAGAUUUAUGCAGAUCCAAUAAUGAUUGGUAUUGUCUUUCUAAAACACAAGCAGAAAGUGAGGCAUGGGAAUUCUCAAAAAGAAACGGUAUUGAUCUUCUGUCCGUGUGCCCAACUCUUGUUACGGGACCAAUGCUGCAGCAGACAAUGAAUGCUAGUAGCUUGGCUAUUCUUAAGCUUCUUAAAGAAGGAUAUGAAGAAAUAGAGAACAGGCUGCGGAUGAUCGUAGAUGUACGUGAUCUAGUCGAAGCACUUCUUUUAGUGUAUGAAAAACCUGAGGCCAGUGGAAGAUACAUAUGCACAUCUCACCUGAUCAGGUCAAAACAAUUGGUAGAAAUGCUGAAGAAGUACUAUCCUGACUACAAGUAUCCAAAGAAAUUUAUCGAGCUGGAUGGAAUAUUUUCAGUUACAUCUGAGAAACUACAGAGGCUGGGGUGGAGCUACAGACCACUGGAAGAAACGCUUGUGGAUUCAGUCGAGAGCUACAAAGAAAACGGUCUUCUGGGUAACUUAUAAAUUGUCCUCCAUCUUUAUCAACCACUUUCUAUUCUAAUAACAAUUUUUAUAUC